CUAAAACUUACUAACUACGACAGUACAGCCAUUAUGGGCUCAAAUUCAACCAGCCAAGGGCACUGGGUUCACACCUGGGCUAGUAUGCCAAUAAUUGCAGAAAACGAUAACCUCCCCCCAGAUGACUUUAUACAAGAGAAUGUGGUUUUUCGAAACACCACUAUUCGUCAAACCGUGCGAUUGUCAAUUGGGACGGAGAAGCUUCUGCGAAUCAGGCUAUCCAAUGCGUUUGGAUCCGAGCCUCUUACCAUAGCAGAAACAACACUAGCACUGACGACCAAGAAUAAGUCAGGGACUACAGAUAUUCAAUCUCAAACGAUACAAAACGUCACUUUCGGCGGGAGUGGAUCUACAACUAUUCCGGCCAGAACACUCAUGGUUUCUGACAGCAUAAGCUUUGGGUUUCCUUUAGAACCUAACACCGUUCUAAGUAUCAGUAUCUUCCUUGAAGCUGGCCAUAACGCUGAGUGUAUCACUACACACCCAGGGAGUCGCACCACAUCGUAUUUUACUAAAGGAAAUAGAGUGUCUGAAGAGGAUUUCAAUCACCUUAUAGUCAGGCAGACUGAUCACUGGUACUACAUUAGUGGUCUCGAAGUGUUUGCAUCACAAUGUACACGAGCCUUUGCCCUCAUUGGGGACAGCAUUACGGACGGCAGAUGCAGCCUUACUAACGGCGAUACCCGAUGGCCAGAUAUUCUAUUCAGACGACUACAGGCCUCUAAAUCGCAUACUUCCCUUGCGGUCGUGAAUCAGGCAGCUGGGGGCAACCGCGUUUUGGAUGAUGGCCUCGGGCCCAGCGUGUUAAGCAGGCUAGAUAGGGACAUAAUAUCUCUCUCUGGUGCCAGCGCUGUUUUAAUUUUUGAAGGUGUCAACGAUAUUGGCAUGGCACCCGCCGACUGUUGGAGUCAAGAGAUCUUAAGCAAUCGCCUAAUUGCAGCGUAUAAGCAAGUUGUUAUUCGACUACGAGCUCAUGGAAUUGCGAUCUUUGCAGCAACAUUAACACCUUUUGGCCUUCCACAAACAGACCUCAGAGGACGUGAGGAUACAUCCGUCACAUCUUAUUCCGAUCCAGUUCGGGAGUCUACGAGACAGAGCAUCAACAACUGGAUUCGCACGAGCGGCAUCUUCGACGUCGUAGUUGACUUUGAUGAGAUCUUGCGGGACCCAGAAGACCAUUCGUUGCUAAAGAGAGAAUAUGACUCGGGUGAUGGAUUGCACCCCAAUCAAAAUGCAUUCUACGCUAUGGCUGAUUAUUUCCCUAUUCAUGUUUUUGAGAACCUAUUCCAGACAUAGACUGUAGUAACUUCAGGAAUGAGAGUUAACCAUUAUACAUUCAAUAUGAGCG